AUGCAAGAGUAUCCGCUGACCAAAGUCGACACUCAGGCUUUCGAGAACACCUCGACCAAUGUCGCAGCUAGCCAGAUGCGCAAUGCCCUCAACAACCUUGCAGAGACCUGUCCCGACCCCGCCGAGAGAAAGAGAUUCGAGGCUGAGCAAGACAACUUCUUUGCCCUCUUCCGUCGCUACUUGAACGACAAGGCCAAGGGCAACACCAUCGACUGGAACAAGAUCAACCCUCCCGCACCUGAGCAGGUCGUCAACUACGACAAGCUUCCCAACACCGAUGCCGUCGACUUCCUCAACAAGCUGGCGGUUGUCAAGCUCAAUGGCGGUCUUGGUACAUCCAUGGGUUGCGUUGGACCAAAGUCGGUCAUUGAGGUUCGAGAGGGCAUGUCCUUCCUCGAUCUUUCAGUUCGUCAGAUUGAACACCUCAACCGCACCUACGAUGUCAACGUUCCCUUCGUCCUCAUGAACUCGUUCAAUACCGACGAUGAUACCGCUGCGAUCAUCAAGAAGUACGAAGGUCACAAUAUUGACAUCCUCACGUUCAACCAAUCCCGCUACCCGCGCAUUCUCAAGGACUCUCUCCUCCCUGCGCCCAAAUCAUACUCGUCCAAGAUCUCCGACUGGUAUCCUCCCGGCCACGGAGACGUUUUCGAGUCGCUCUACAACUCGGGUAUCCUCGACCAACUGCUCGAGCGUGGAGUCGAGAUCAUUUUCCUGUCCAACGCUGACAACCUUGGCGCUGUCGUCGACCUCCGAAUUCUCCAGCACAUGGUUGAGACCAAGGCCGAGUAUAUCAUGGAGUUGACCGACAAGACCAAGGCCGAUGUCAAGGGUGGCACCAUCAUCGACUACGAGGGCAAGGCUCGCCUGCUCGAAAUUGCUCAGGUUCCCAAGCAGUACGUAAAUGAGUUCAAGUCGAUCAAGAAGUUCAAGUACUUCAACACCAACAACAUCUGGAUGAACUUGCGUGCGGUCAAGCGCGUCGUCGAGGCCAACGAGCUUGAGAUGGAGAUCAUCCCCAACGAGAAGUCCAUUCCCGCCGACCAGAAGGGCGAGGCCGACCAGAGCAUCGUUCAGCUCGAGACUGCUGUCGGUGCUGCUAUCCGUCAUUUCAAGAACGCUCACGGUGUCAACGUUCCUCGGAGACGCUUCCUGCCCGUCAAGACUUGCUCUGACCUCAUGCUCGUCAAGUCCAACCUCUAUACCCUCAGCCAUGGCCAGCUUGUCAUGGAUCCCAACCGAUUCGGUCCCGCUCCUCUCAUCAAGCUUGGCGGUGAUUUCAAGAAGGUCGCUCAGUUCCAGAAGCGUAUCGGUAGCAUUCCCAACAUUGUUGAGCUGGACCACUUGACUGUUACUGGCGAUGUCAACUUUGGCCGUGGCAUUGUCCUAAAGGGCACUGUCAUCAUUGUCGCUACCGAGAACAGCACCAUCGAUAUUCCUCCUGGAUCCGUCCUCGAGAACGUUGUCGUCCAAGGCUCUCUCCGCAUUUUGGAGCACUAG